GGCGCCUGGCUCAGGGGGUCCCCAGAAGAUGCACAGGUGUGGCUGGCCAGGGGGAAGCCUGGGUUGUAGGUUAGCACGAAGCCAGCUUCUGUGUUUCCUCACUCUCGUUUCUGAAUGAGCAGGAUUCACAGGCCCAAAGCCAGAAGGCACCCAGUUCCUUCCAGUUAACAGAACAAAGCGAAACGGAGCCCCUCUAAGGUGAAACCAUGGCUGGAGAAGGAGGUGCCAUGGCAGUCCUGGACCUCCCAUUCCAGCAUUUCUUCACACCUGUGCUGUGCCCUGCUAUUAAAGUGGAAGAGGAUGAACCCCCAAAUCCCAUAAAUCAAGAGUGGGGACCCGGAGGUGGCACAAAGGGCGGCCAUUCUGUUCAGGCGGGAACGGCCAAAGGGUGUCCAAAAUGGACGACGUCAAUACAGGUGAAACAAGAGCCAGUGGAGGGGCUGGACCAGUACUGGGAAGAUCAAUGGCAGGAGUUUCUGAGGGCUUUACAGUCUCCUCAGGCCCAGUGGGAAUAUUCGCAGCUGCAGGUAGAUGACAAGAAUGCCAGCACAUCAGCUCUGGCGUCCUUCGACAGAGACGUUGAAAGCAGCUCCUGGCCUAGACCAGGGAGAGCAACUCAGAUUUUUCCAGGUCUCUGUGGAGAUCCUGAAGCAACCUGUAAGUGCCCAGAAGAGAGAGAUGGGGAAGAUCACAAAACACCCAUGAAAGCUGAUCUGGAUGAGGAAGACAUCAGUGCUGAGAUCCACCGGAAGCGGUUCCGGCAUUUCCGCUAUCGAGAGAUGGAGGGGCCCCGAGAGGUUAGCGGCCGGCUGCGGGAACUCUGCCACCAGUGGCUGAAGCCGGAGAAGCGCACGAAGGAGCAGAUCCUCGAAGCCCUCGUCCUGGAGCAGUUUGUGACCAUCUUGCCUCCGGAGAUGCAGGGCUGGGUGAAGGCGGAGGACCCCGAGACCUGUGCCCAAGCAGUGGCCUUGGCCGAGGACUUCCUGCUGAUUCAGGAGAAGCUGGAGGAAGAGGAACAGCAGGUGCGGCUGGAGUCAUCUGAGGAGGGAAAGAGGGAGGUGUUGGUGGGCUUCCCAUCACUCUUGACCUGCAGACCAGGACAACUGUGUGAAGGAGAUGAGGAGGAGGAAGAGGAGGAGGAAGAGAAAGAGAAAGUCCGUGGGAGGUCACCCCCGAUGCUUUCUGGCUCACCUUCCUUUCAUGCUGCCCUGGAACCACCCCAGGGACUGGAGACCUUUGAGGAGACUGCCGUGUGCUUCAGCGAGGGCGAGUGGGCCCUUCUCGAUCCAGGCCAGAGAGCUCUCUACAAGGAAGUCAUGCUGGAGAAUUACAGGAACGUGCGAGCGCUGGGAUUUUUGAUUCCCAAACCAGACAUCAUCUCUUGGCUGGAAGGAGGGGAAGAUUUAUUCAUCCACAAUUCUAAAGAAACAGACAGGGCGAAUAUUGCAGUCACUGUUGCUAUAAAUGAGAUCAAGGAAGAAAACCUGUGUCAGGAAGUCCCUGGGCUGGAAGAAACAUCUGAGAUGUUCCCAGGAGGACGUCAGGAGAGCAUUUUCUUGACAACGGAGGACUGCGAAAGUGAUGGCACAGGUAGUGAGAGUGAGACAGGUGUGACCCGGCAGGCUGGCUCCUCUGCACCUGAUGGAAUGAUACCAGGAGCUUCCCAAGGGGAAGUUCCCAUAAAAUCUGAACCUCUCGAUCAGGACUAUGAGUCUGACAGGCAGCCCUGGCAGCAGACAAUGAAAAUGUGGGGUAUAUCAAUUCAGAAAGUGGAAAAUGUGGCAGAUAACAUUGGGAUAGCUCAUGCCGAAGAGGAACGCCACAUGUGUCGUAAAUGCGGACAGACUUUUGAACACCAGUCAGGACUUAUUGUGCACCAGAUGAUCCAUACGGCGGAGAGGCCCUAUGAGUGCCUUGAGUGCGGCAAGAGCUUCUGUCAAAGGGAGAACCUUCUUGUACAUCAGAGAAUCCAUUUGGGGGAGAGGCCUUAUGAGUGCUUUCACUGUGGGAAGCACUUCAGCACCCGGUCGCAUCUUAUCACACAUCAGAGAAUCCACACAGGUGAAAAGCCAUUUGGUUGUCUUCACUGUGCAAAAACCUUCAGCAACAAGUCCUCGCUGGUCACACACCAGAGAAUCCACACAGGAGAGAAACCGUAUGAGUGCCCUCAGUGCGGGAAAAGCUUUUGCCAAAGCGGACAGCUGAUUCGACACCAGAGAAUCCACACAGGAGAGAAGCCUUAUGCAUGCCCACAGUGUGGGAAAAGUUUCUGCCAGAGGGGACAGCUCAUCAGGCACCAGAGUAUGCAUACUGGAGAGAAGCCUUUUGAGUGCCUCCAGUGUGGAAAGAACUUUAGCCGGAAAUCUUAUCUUGACAUUCACUUGCGGAUGCACUCGGGGGAGAAGCCUUACGAGUGCCCUGAAUGCAGGAAAAGCUUCUGCCAAAGCGCCCAGCUGAUUCGGCAUCAGAGAAUCCACACGGGGGAAAAACCGUUUGCAUGUUCCGAAUGCGGGAAAAGCUUCUGCCAAAGCACCCAGCUGAUUCGGCAUCAGAGGAUCCAUUCAGGGGAGAAGCCGUUUGCCUGUUCUGAGUGUGGGAAAAGCUUCUUUGAGAAGGAAAAGCUGGUAAGGCAUCAGGGAACCCACAUGGAACCAAAACCAUAUGAAUGCACCGAAUGCAGGAAAGGCUUCCCACGGAAAGAUAAGCUGGUUUAUCAUCAGAAAACUCACACAGUGCUUGAAACCUUAUGAGAGUUUCUUUAAAAAAAAAAAAGGAAAGAAAAAAUCUGUUGAGUUUCAGGCAAAACACAUGUCGUUACUUCUUUGAGACACAUCAAUAGAUUUCUGCAGGAGUUCAGGACAUCCCAAAUAUAAGAAUAAAGACAUGAGAGAAAAGCAAGCAAAGAGUCCCGCAAGUUCAGCCUUCAAUGGCUGACUGGAUGCUAAUGGAGACUUGUGAGUAAGUCAUGAAAGAUAAUGGCCAUUUGCCUUGUGAAUCCUCUGACUACCUGGGAGAAUAAUUUGCUCCACCAAUUAGAACUAUCCAAUUGGAAUGGGAAAUUCUGGAAUCGCUGUUGUCCAAACUGGUACAGAACAAAGACAGUUCUGCAUCUGUAGGGCAGUUAAGUUGUUUUCGAUCCUGGACUCGAUGGUCUUACAGUGAUGGGAUGAGGGGGGGUUCCCCUCUUUAGAUGGUGAUGUUGCUUCACGUAUUUCAGAAUGUGGCAAGUUGGCCUUCUUUCUUUAGGGGUUCUCCUUUUGAUUCUUCUGUGUGGGACCCUGGACAUUUGCCCCAAAGUCCUACCCUCUUGGCACCACUGCUUAUUUCAGAAUGGAAACCAGCUGAAACUGAGUGUAGAACGUCACGUAGAAUUAUUUAAAUAGGUAGAUCCAGAUUGGCUGGGUAAUGUUGGGUUAUCCAGAGAAUAAUGUUGUGCAUCUCACA